AGUCAAGUGGCCCUGACGCGUGCAGGUUGUCUCCUGCAGUCAGUUGGUGUUCGUGACGCGCGCCGCUUGCUUGUCAGUAGACAGAUGUUCCUGAGGCGCGAGUUGUCUCUGUCAGUCAGAGUGUGUUGGUGAAUACUGUCAGUAGUUUAACUUGUGCUACAAUAUACGAGUCCAAAUAUUUUCUCCUAUUGCAAGAGGAACUACCCGCAUCCAUAUUUCUCAGUUAAGAGAUGAGGAUGCUGAAGUGGCCAAGAGAGGGCAAGUGGCCCGGAGGCAGCGCGCUUAUCUUGGCCGGAGUGAUAGUGUGGUUCCUCCUGUGCCUCUACCAGCCUUCACAACCUUCUGGACGCUAUUGGCCUCUACCGGUGGUUCAUGAAGAUCACAAACAAGACAUCAACUAUGAACAAGCAGGAGGGGACGAACCAUCUGUGCAGUACGAGGUGACGAGACGCUUGGUGGAGACCAACUUGCGCUCCGCCUGGUUCUUCUUCUCCAACCGGCUGAAGGAAAUGCACUCCAAAACUGAGAAAAUGAACGAUGACGAUUUUAAUGACCUCUUAAAGGAAGGUGCCGAACGCAUAAGCGUACUUCAACACGACCUGAGGCAGCUGAGUGAGGAGGAUGGGUGGAGCAGCUGGAGGGAGAGAGAGGCGCGGGCGCUGAGUGAGCUGGUCCAGCGCCGCCUGCACCGCCUCCAGAACCCUCCUGACUGUGCCACAGCUAAGAAACUCGUCUGUUCUAUAAACCACUCAUGUGGCCUGGGUUGUGAGCUGCACCAUCUCAUCUGUUGCUUCAUGGCCGCCUACGGCACCCAUCGCACAAUCGUUAUUAACUCUCCAGCUUGGAGUUACAGCAAGAGUGGCUGGAAGGAUGUUUUCCUGCCGCUCAGUGAAACAUGCACCUCCUUCUCAAGCGACAACACUACUGACUGGCCUGGGCGAGAGGACUCGAAGACGGUGCUAUUUAUAGGAGUAGACACACAACCCAAGCCGGAGUACAUGCCCCUGGCCGUCCCCAGCGACAUAUCUGAGCGUGUGGUCCGCCUGUACGGGGACCCGGCCGCCUGGUGGCUCGGACAGUUUGUUAAAUACGUCUUCAAACUUCAGCCACACAUGCAAGAGAUUAUCAGCAGGGAAGAGAAAUCCAUCAAUUUUCAGCAUCCGAUUGUUGGAGUCCACGUCAGACGAACUGACAAGAUUCUUGAAAACGGUUACCAUGACCUGAAGGAAUACAUGGAACAAGUUGAGGAAUAUUUCGACGGUCUCCAGAUCUUCAACCCAAAUGUUACUCGCAGGAUCUACCUCGCUUCUGACGAGCCCGCAGUCUACAAGGAGGCAAAGGAAAAGUACCCACAGUAUGAGAUACUCUACCAUAAGAAGAACGUGGAAGUGGUCAACAAUGCCAACCGGUUCACUGGGGCGUCGCUCAGAGACUUCAUAGUGGACAUCUACUUUCUCUCUCGCACUGACUACAUUGUUGUCACUUUCUUGUCCAAUGUGGGGAGGCUGGUGUACGAGGUCAUGCAUGCGCUGGGGCCCGACGCCUCCUCCAGGUUCUACUCCCUGGACACCCCGUUCCUCUUCGUCAACCAGCGAGACAGCUUCGUCAAGGCCCGCUUCUUCCACAAGUCUCACAGGAACGAGGAUGUGAGCGUUCACCCGGGCCAGACUCUGCUGUUCGAGCCCACGGCUCAACACUUCCGCAAAGACCAAUAUGUCCACUAUACCACAAGUGAGAAGAAAAAGGCAAAGAUUCCCGACUACAAAGUGGAGCACAUAGUCGAUGUAGUCAACUUAUCAUACCCUUACGAGGACUAACUAGGGACAGGAUAGUCCCCAGUAACUGUCUCUCCUUCAAUUCUUGUUUACCAACAUGCUGAAAACCCGUCAUUCAGCGCCUGUCUUCCUGCUACCUGUCUCUGCACCCGUCUCCUCUGUCUCAUCAACACCAUCCACCCAAUACCCGAGUCUCCUGCCUUAACCUCAACUACCCGUCAAAAUUAUUGCUACAUGCAGGCGAUGAGUCACAAUAACGUGGCUGAAGUAUGUUGACCAGACUACACACUAGAAAGUGAAGGGACGACGACGUUUCGGUCCGUCCUGGACCAUUCUCAAGUCGACUUGAAAAUGGUCCAGGACGGACCAAAACGUCUUCGUCCCUCCACCUUCUAGUGUGUAGUCUGGUCAAUACUUAUUGCUACAUGUUGCGAACAUGUUUAAUUGGACGAAUACCAAUCAUAGUGUCGCCUGAAUAAACGAACACAAUUUGUACAUUAAAAAUGUGAAAACGUGACUUUUCGGUUCUUGAGCAUUAGUUAGCGGAGCUGUUGUAGCCUAGUCAAACAGUCUACGGGCCCGGGGGGAUGGGGGUACAGUGAGGCACAGCGUGAGUGCUGAAGUGAGGCAGGAAGUGUGAGGAGCAGGAGGAGGGAGGGAGGGAGAUAACGGGAAGGAGGUAGGAGCAGGAGAGGGAUGAAGAUGGAGGUUAAUUGGGAGGGAGAAGGUGAGGACAGAUGGUUGAGGUAAGAAAAUGAUGGGCCGGACCAUUUCCCAGUUAUUGAACAGCAAUGAUGUCAUGGUUUGUGAGAUUUGAGUAAUGAACACACCAUACUGGUGUAUGGUGUAUGUGUAAUCCACAAUACUGGUGUAUGAUGUAUGUGUAAUCCACAAUACUGGUGUAUGGUGUAUGUGUAAUCCACAAUGCUGGUGUAUGGUGUAUGUAUAAUCCACAAUACUGGUGUAUGGUGUAUGUGUAAUCCACAAUGCUGGUGUAUGGUGUAUGUAUAAUCCACAAUGCUGGUGUAUGUGUAAUCCACAAUACUGGUGUAUGUUGUAUGUAUAAUCCACAAUACUGGUGUAUGUAUAAUCCACAAUGCUGGUGUAUGUAUAAUCCACAAUACUGGUGUAUGGUGUAUGUAUAAUCCACAAUGCUGGUGUAUGGUGUAUGUAUAAUCCACAAUGCUGGUGUAUGGUGUAUGUAUAAUCCACUAUACUGGUGUAGGGUGUAUGUAUAAUCCACAAUACUGGUGUAUGUGUAAUCCACAAUACUGGUGUAUGUAUAAUCCACAAUGAUGGUGUAUGCAUAAUCCACAAUACUGGUGUAUGUAUAAUCCACAAUGAUGGUGUAUGUAUAAUCCACAAUACUGGUGUAUGUAUAAUCCACAAUGAUGGUGUAUGUAUAAUCCACAAUACUGGUUUAUGUAUAAUCCACAAUACUGGUGUAUGUAUAAUCCACAAUGAUGGUGUAUGUAUAAUCCACAAUACUGGUUUAUGUAUAAUCCACAAUACUGGUGUAUGUAUAAUCCACAAUGAUGGUGUAUGUAUAAUCCACAAUACUGGUUUAUGUAUAAUCCACAAUACUGGUGUAUGUAUAAUCCAUAAUACUGGUGAACGGUGUAUGUAUAAUCCACAAUACUGGUGAACGGUGUAUUUAUAAUCCACAAUACUGGUGAAUGGUGUAUGUAUAAUCCACAAUGCUGCUGUAUGGUGUAUGUAUAAUCCACAAUGCUGGUGUAUGGUGUAUGUAUAAUCCACAAUACUGGUGUUUGGUGUAUGUAUAAUCCACAAUGCUGGUAUAUGGUGUAUGUAUAAUCCACAAUGUUGGUGUAUGUAUAAUCCACAAUACUGGUGUAUGGUGUAUGUAUAAUCCACAAUACUGGUGUAUGGUGUAUGUAUAAUCCAGAAUGCUGGUAUAUGGUGUAUGUAUGUAUAAUCCACAAUACUGGUGUAUGGUGCAUGUAUAAUCCACAAUACUGGUGUAUGGUGUAUGUAUAAUCCACAAUACUGGUGUAAGGUGUAUGUACAAUACUCGGUACUUGUGUAUGAUGUAUGUACAAUCCACAAUGCUGGUGUAUUGUGUAUGCAUACAGCUACCCAUCGCCUACUCUGAUAUAAAUAUCACAGUUCAACAGGUAAUUUUGCACCAUACACAGACAGGACCAAAGGUCUGUGUAUUACUAGUGUAUGUGAUAGGAGGGGACGCCACUACAAGGGUCCAGGUCAGAGAGCUAGCAGUGGUCAGCAACUGUUGUUCCUCUGUUCAGGUGAGGUUGUCAGCAUCGUGUCAGAAUAGAUUUUUUUCCUGAUGAUCUAUUGGUUGGACCAGCUCCUGCUGACCCCUUGCUGAACCACCACCUGUUGAUCCCCUGUUGGACCAGCUCCUGCUGACCCCUUGCUGAACCAGCUCCUGCUGACCUCUUGUUGGACCAGCUCCUGCUGACCUCUUGUUGGACCAGCUCCUGCUGACCUCUUGUUGGACCAGCUCCUGAUGACCUCUUGUUGGACCAGCUCCUGCUGACCUCUUGUUGGACCAGCUCCUGAUGACCUCUUGUUGGACCAGCUCCUGCUGACCUCUUGUUGGACCAGCUCCUGCUGACCUCUUGUUGGACCAGCUCCUGCUGACCUCUUGUUGGACCAGCUCCUGCUGACCUCUUGUUGGACCAGCUCCUGCUGACCUCUUGUUGGACCAGCUCCUGCUGACCUCUUGUUGGACCAGCUCCUGCUGACCUCUUGUUGGACCAGCUCCUGCUGACCUCUUGUUGGACCAGUUCCUGCUGACCUCUUGUUGGACCAGCUCCUGCUGACCUCUUGUUGGACCAGCUCCUGAUGACCUCUUGUUGGACCAGCUCCUGCUGACCUCUUGUUGGACCAGCUCCUGCUGACCUCUUGUUGGACCAGCUCCUGCUGACCUCUUGUUGGACCAGCUCCUGCUGACCUCUUGUUGGACCAGCUCCUGCUGACCUCUUGUUGGACCAGCUCCUGCUGACCUCUUGUUGGACCAGCUCCUGCUGACCUCUUGUUGGACCAGCUCCUGCUGACCUCUUGUUGGACCAGUUCCUGCUGACCUCUUGUUGGACCAGCUCCUGCUGACCUCUUGUUGGACCAGCUCCUGCUGACCUCUUGUUGGACCAGCUCCUGCUGACCUCUUGUUGGACCAGCUCCUGCUGACCUCUUGUUGGACCAGCUCCUGCUGACCUCUUGUUGGACCAGCUCCUGCUGACCUCUUGUUGGACCAGCUCCUGCUGACCUCUUGUUUAACCUCCUCCUGCUGACCUCUUGUUUAACCACCACCUGCUGACCUCUUGUUGGACCAGUUCCUGCUGACCUCUUGUUUAACCUCCUCCUGCUGACCUCUUGUUUAACCACCACCUGCUGACCUCUUGUUGGACCAGCUCCUGCUGACCUCUUGUUGGACCAGCUCCUGCUGACCUCUUGUUGGACCAGUUCCUGCUGACCUCUUGUUGGACCAGCUCCUGCUGACCUCUUGUUGGACCAGCUCCUGAUGACCUCUUGUUGGACCAGCUCCUGCUGACCUCUUGUUGGACCAGCUCCUGCUGACCUCUUGUUUAACCUCCUCCUGCUGACCUCUUGUUUAACCUCCCCUGCUGACCUCUUGUUUAACCUCCUCCUGCUGACCUCUUGUUUAACAACCACCUGCUGACCCCUUGUUUAACCUCCACCUGCUGA